GCGAUUAAAUUUGGGUCUCCAAUGGCACUUUUCGAUCGGUUCUGCUUCUACUACUACCUUAUUCACAUCCCAGUGACGGUGUUGAUCGACUCGUCGGUGGUGGUAACACCGGUAUUUCGGUUCCAGGAGUGGAUCAUUGACUUCCAUGUGGCCACCAAUAAAGAUAUCUUGAUGACGUCCAAACCGCUUUGGUUCAAGGGAUUUGUGUGGAUCGAGUUAUUAUUCCAACUUCCAUGGUUUGUGUACGCGAUGGUGGCCCAGCAUUCGGUCACGUGGCACUUGUUGAAUGUGGUGUAUGGAGUCAAUGCGCUGUUGACGACGUUUGCGUGUAUUUUAUAUGUGAUUGGUGAAGGUCCUCUCCAUGGGUUGAGUGAUACAGAAACCUGGAAACUUGUCGGGGUCUACGUGCCAUACGUGGUGCUUCCGUUGGUAAUUCUCGCCGGUAGCUUCCGUCGGAUCAGAGCGUCCACCAAAGUAUAAAUAUCAGAUGUUUAUUCUAAGAACAAUACACAAUCAACUGGAGUACUUGCCAAUCAAUUCGUCAGCAAGGUCGAUGUACUGAGACUCGGCAUCAUCCUGGGUGGUGCCCUUCAAUUCGUUCCAGGCCUCCCAUUUGUACUUGCCCUUCAAGUCCAAGAAUCCAGGCUUGGAGGUGUUGUUGUCGCCAACAGUGGCCUGCUUGAACAAGCCGUAUAACUUCAACAAUUCGUCAUCGUUGGGUCUUUUUGGUAAGUCUUUGACUGCUGCAGCCUUUUUCUUCGAAUAAUGCAGAAACCAUUGGUGGGGAUGUGAAACU